AUGGGAAAGAUCAUCUUCUACGAGGACAGGAACUUCCAGGGGCGCUCUCAUGAGUGCAGCAGCGACUGUGCCGACCUCCACUCCUAUUUCAACAGGUGCAACUCCAUCAGGGUGGAGAGUGGCUGCUUCAUGGUCUAUGAAAGGCCCAACUACAUGGGCAACCAGUACUACCUGAGGAAGGGAGAGUACUCUGAUAACCAGCGCAUGAUUGGCAUCAGUGAUUGUGUCAGAUCCUGCCGUAUGAUCCCUCACCGUGGCUCGUACAGGCUGAGGCUUUAUGAACGCUCCGACAUGGGUGGCCAAAUGCAGGAGCUGGUCGACGACUGUCCCAACGUCCAGGACCGCUUCCGCAUGUCCGACAUCAACUCCUGCAACGUGAUGGACGGACACUGGCUGCUUUAUGACCUGCCCAACUACAAGGGCAGGGUGUACUACCUGAGGCCCGGCGAGUACAGGAAGUACAGCGACUGGGGAGGCGUGAGCCCCAGGGUUGGAUCCCUCAGGAGAAUCACCGACAUCAACUAA